AUGACGCCAUUGUUGGUUACAAACAACUGCCCUGAAGUCAUCUAUCCUGGCAUAUCGACGCAAUCUGGAGAAGGCCCAAUGCAGAAUGGUUUCAAGCUUGAACCGGGAGACUCGCACAAUCAGACCGUCUCAGAAGAUUGGCAGGGUCGCGUCUGGGGGAGGACCAAUUGCUCCUUUAAUGAUGAUGGUACAAAACCGGGUGAUGGAGGACCGAAGGCGUGCGGUUCGGGCGACUGUAAUGGAGUAGUGAAUUGCAGGGUCGGGGGUGAUGUGCCAGUUUCUCUCGCGGAGUUUACGCUCGAUGCUGGCGAUGGGCAUACGUACUACGACAUAUCACUCGUCGAUGGAUACAACAUCCCGAUGGCGAUAGUGCUACAGCCGCUUCAGAACGUCAGCUUGGAUGAUAUUCCUCCAAACCUCACGAACCCUUCAUGUCAAGGCACAGUAGGCCUGUUGGCACAGCAAAGCUACGAUCCCUAUGGCGACCAUCCCGACUUCCUCCGAACCAAUAGCUCCUACCCGCUUCCUUUUGAGCAGAAGGUUAAUGACAAGCAAGUAUCGAGAUGGUGCCCUUGGGAUUUGCAACAGAGCCCUCCCGAGAAGCCCGGAGACGGGGUGUACCCGUACCCGGAUGACAACAUUGAAAGACCGGCAUUCAAUCCUUGCUAUUCUGCAUGUGCGAAAAACAAUAAGCCAGAAGACUGUUGUACAGGAAAGUACAACUCGCCGAGCGCUUGCAAGCCGAGCGACUAUUCCAAGAACGUGAAAGCCAUCUGUCCGGAUGCCUACAGUUAUGCCUUCGACGACCAGACCUCAACUUUCAUCAUCCCAUCCGGAGCUGGUUUCGAAGUCGUUUUCUGCCCCGGUGCGCGUUCCACCAACAUCCUGGCGACGGAGUCUGACAAGAUGCUUCAGCUUGCACAGCAAGGACAUGUAUCGAAAGACAAGAGGGAUCAAUUGAUGCAUCGCCAAAGGAUCAAUACACUCCUCAAACGGAGCGGAGCGGAGCGGAUCAUCCCGUUGGACAACACCGUCCCAAUGGUUAAUUUUGUGUUGGCUGCAAGUGUUCUUGCAUAUGCGGCGUUUUGUUGA